GGCAACUACACACCAAUAAUUCACCGUCGCUAAGCUAUAAACAAACGCUCUUGCGUUCAGAAAAUGCUGAAGCGUUUCGAAUGGAUUAAUUCUUGGUGUUCGUUCGCCCUUGGUACGGUUUCCCUCAGGCGUUAUUAUGCAACGGCUUUAAUCCUUAUUAGGAUUAUACGCUCAACACUGUCGUGACAACUGAAACGUGAAAACUGGUAUUACGUCUCAGUUGACUGAAACAUCAAAACUGCUUUUUGAACAUGUCUUUAUGAAGAUGGGAUGACUGUUUUGGUCACAUGGCUGAAGGACGCGGCUGUGUUGAAUCAGUAGUGGCCGGUGACAGCAGCGAGUCUCCUGCUCCACACAGAUACCAAAAUAGGAGCUCGACAUUCUCUAGUGGCUGACGCUAAAUUCAGGGGCCACAUGUCUGAUCUGUCCGAGCACAAGCCGCACUGUUGGGGAUAAAACUUCUCCAGCGAACUGAAGAAAGGACGAGUGUCAAUCUGUCAUUAUACGAGUCAGUUGCAAUGUCAGGAAAAGCUCAAAGUGGUUACUCCUAUGAGUUCUGCGAUGCUUCUCACUCCUCCGAGGUGCUGGAAGCUCUUCAUGAGUUUCACAGCAGCGGUCUGUUCACAGACAUCACCCUGCAGUCCUCGUCCGGACAGCUCUUCCACUGCCACAAGGCCGUCCUAUCUGCCCGCAGCUCCUAUUUCAAGGUAAUGUUCACCUUAGAUAUGAGAGAACGUUUGAACGACACCAUCAACCUACCUUGCAUAAACGGAGAGGUUCUGGGAGCUUUGGUGAGCUACGUCUACACUUCAAAGAUCAGCAUAACUCAAAACAACGUCCAAAGUCUUCUGGAGGCCGCAGACCUGUUGCAAUUUAACUCGCUUAAGAAGGCAUGCGAGAAUUUUUUGAUUCGUCUCCUGGAUGUGGAUAACUGCCUCGGGAUGCACUCGUUCGCCGAGCUUCACGUGUGUUGUGAUUUGCAGCGUGAGGCUUUGAGGAUCACACUGAGUCGCUUUGAAGAACUCACACUUCAGGAAGAGUUCCUAGAAGUGGAUUUCCAAAAGCUGUUGAUGAUAUUAUCAACAGAGAACCUCAAUGUGUGGAAGGAAGCGACGUUAUUGGACGCGGUGGUCAAAUGGGUCGCCCACGACGCAGCUUCUCGAAUAGAUCACCUUCAAGAGCUUCUCAAUUCCAUUCGUCUCAAAAUAGAUGAUGCUUACCUCAAAACCGCUUUGGAUCUACGCAAACAUUGCUCUGAAAGCAAACUGCGAUCUCUGAUUCUUACCUCCUUAAAACCCAGCAAAGGUUUCUCACAGCGCUGCAAAAAACUAACAUGCAGUUUGUAUGUUAUUGGUGGAUAUUACUGGCAUCCAUUGUGUGAAGUCCACACGUGGGACCCUGUUUCCAACACGUGGGUUCAGGGCAAAGACAUGCCUGAUUUUGAACGAGAGAGUUAUAGCGUGGCACUUCUAGGCCCUGAUAUCUACGUGACUGGAGGAUACAGGACACAGACUGUUGAUGCUUUAGACACCGUGUGGAUUUAUAACACAGACUCGGAUGAAUGGACUGAAGGAUGUCCCAUGAUCACAGCCAGGUAUUACCACUGCUCCGUGGCUUUACGUGGAUGCAUAUACGUCAUUGGUGGAUAUACGGCAGGAGCUCCUACGCGAGAAACUGAGUUUUAUGAUCCUUUGAAGAAGAGAUGGUUUCCUGUGGCUGAUAUGAUACAAGGUGUGGGAAAUGCAACCGCUUGCGUGGUGAACGACAGAGUCUAUGUGACUGGAGGUCAUUAUGGAUACAGAGGAACCUGCACUUAUGAGAAGAUUCAGACUUACCGGCCAGAUAUCAACGACUGGAGCAUCACAACGAUAUGUCCACAUCCUGAGUACGGCCUUUGCUCGGUCUCCUUGAACAAUAAGCUUUAUCUGGUCGGCGGUCAGACCACCAUCAUAGACUGCUACGAUCCCGAGCGAGAUGAGUGGAGACAGAUGUGUGCGAUGAAGGAGAGAAGGAUGGAGUGUGGCGCAGCUGUUAUAAAUGGAUGCAUCUAUGUAGCAGGUGGGUAUUCAUACUCUAAAGGGACGUAUCUGCAGAAUAUAGAGAGGUAUGACCCUGAGAUAGACUGCUGGGAGAUUGUGGGAAACCUCCCAUCGGCUGCGCGCUCACACGGCUGCGUUUGUGUGUUCAGCGUGUGAAAUCACAGCACAAUCACUGUCUGUAGUGCCAUGUCCAGUGGGGUCUAAAAGUCUGAGAAAAAAUUUAUUUAAACAUGGAUGUAGUGUUAACGCAGAUGUUGUAAAGUGAAAAGGCAAUACUUAAGUUUCCGAAUGAAUUCAGGGUUCCUACAUAUUUUCCAUUUCAAAAUUCCAUACUUUUCCGGGUAUGGAUUUCUCCAUGGAUCUUUCCAUACUAUCUUUUUUCAGACCGUGAAUGUAUUUAAAAUCCGGCUGCUAACAUGUUGACUACAUAUGCUAUUAUGCUGCCAAAUAAUUGUCGGAAUAUUGUAGUCAUGUACACUACCAGUCAAACGUUUUUGAACAGUAAGAUUUGUAAUGUUUAUAAAAGAAGUUUCUUCUGCUCACCAAGCCUGGAUUUAUUUGAUCUGAAGCACAGCAAAAACAGUAAAGUUCUGAAAUAUUUUUACUAUUUAAAGUAACUGUUUUCUAUUUGAAUAUAUGUUAAAAUGUAAUUUAUUCCUGUGAUUUCAAAGCUGAAUCUUUAGCAUCAUUACUCCACUCACAUGAUCCCUCAGAAAUCAUUCUAAUAAUAGCUGAGCAGAUUUGUAACAUUAUAAAUGUCUUUAUUAUCAGUUUUGAUCAAUUUAAAGCAUCCUUGCUAAAUAAGCUUUUGAAUGGUAUAGUGUAUAAUGCUACAAAAUAUUUUUAUUUCAGAUAAAUACUGAUCUUUGGAUCUUUAUAUUCAAACAAUCCUAAGAAAAAAAGUACUCCACUGUUUUAAAUACUGAUAAUAAUAAUGAAAAAUGUUUUUGAACAGCAAAUCAGCAUAUUGGUAUGAUUUCUGACAGUGUCAUGUGACACUGAAAAUUUAGCUUUGAUCACAGGAAUAAAUUACAUUUUAAAAUGCAUUCAAAUAGAAAGCAGCUAUUUUAAAUAGUAAAAAUAUUUCACAAUAUUACUGCUUUUGCUGUAUUUUGAAUCAAAUAAAUGCAGGGUUUGUGAAAAAAGAGAAUUCUUUAAAAAAAAAAAAAAAAAAUUAAAAUCUUUAAAA